AUGGCCAAAGUCUUGAAGCACAAGUUUCAGAAAGUGACCAACAUCCAGCAACUUGAUGUGGAGCUGAAGGUGCGCGUUGCAGCGUUUCUUGCACCCCGCUCGCUCGGUCGACUUAGCAUGAUAAACAAGAAGUUCCGACAGGACGUGGAUGAAAUGGCCAAGCAGAUGAUGGGGGAGUUCCUAGCGGAGGCGCCACUCGACAAAUUGCUCAAGCAGGAGAAGCCCAAGACGACCGAGUCGUGGUCGCUAUUCAUGCACAAACAAAUGACGUGUGUCCACAAGCUCCUUGUCUAUUACACGGGCUACAAAACCGGUGCAAUGCGACAACAGUUCCCGCAUUGGGCGUUUGGCAUCAUCGAUGUUGAUCCAAACGAACCCCACCGCAGCAUACUGCCGAAUACGUGGACGUUCCAUGGGCACAGCCCUUGGCUCCGGCGGCGCAGUAAUGGAAAGGACGGUGAGUGGCGACUGGCGAAGAAGUACACGCCACUGAAAGCAUCAUAUGGUUUUCUAUUGCACGUCAAAUCGUGGGCGAGCACGUUGCGGCCAGGAUCCUUGCUAGCAAUCCCCUACAAAAACGCUGGAUCUCUGGAACCAGCAUGGUGGGAAGCGCAAGCUUGGUACCUGUGGCGCGGUGACGGCAAACAAUACCCUGCAACCGUGUUUGAUCCCGAGACAGAAUCCCACAUGCAGAUUCAUCCAGAUGAUUUGAUUGAACACUUUAGGACACAUCCGCUGCAUGUCAUCGACGUGUCAACCGAACCCGGAGCAUUGUGUCCACGAUGCGCCAGCCAAAACAGGACGUUCGCAUACUGUCAUGUAGACAAAGGACAUCCCAUGUUGUAG